CCAUUUCUCAAGAUUUUAAAGAAAAAACUCAAGAAUUAUAAAAUUUAAACAACAAAGAACACCAGAAACUGAUUGAAAAUGCAACAAUAAUCUUCGGAAUCAAACGAAAUCAAAUCAACAACUCACCAAAUGAGGAACAAUUCAGGAGGAUCUAUAUAUCCCACUUUGAUACCAUGAUAAAAUUGAUGAUCAACAUCAAUCAAACAGUGAAAUAGCACAAAUCAAUAGCGAAGAAAUCAAAAGAAAUUUCAUUUUAUAAAAAACUUCAUCAUACAAUCUUAUGAUAGAUUUUUACAAAGGAUUUUGAGAGAGAAAAUCUAGAAGAAGAAGAGCAUGCUAAACUUGUGUUUCUAUUUUUCUGAUAAUUAAAAUGAAAAGGGAAACUAUUACAAGUAUUUAUAUUCUGUUACUACAAAAUAUCUUCGAACAUACUUUGUCCACCUCAACUUGAUUCUAACAAACUUAUGCCAACUCAACAAGAGUUUGUCAUGACAUUCUUCUGCAAACCUCUUUGAGAUUCUGGGAUCGAUUCUCUUCCCUCGCCCUUGUGACUCUCUAAAAAAAAAAAACUCACUUUACCAACAGAAGGUUAGAAACCAACGUAAAAGAAAAUUGGUAAAACAUAAGGUUAGAAACCAACUUAAAAAAAAUGAACAACAGAAGGUUAGAAAACAACGUAAAAGAAAAUUGUUGAAAUAAUCACAAAAUGGAGGGAGUAGUAUGUAUUUAGGGGCUUAGGCGCUUGCUCCUCUAUUUGGGUUUUUUCAUAAAAAAUUUCAUGUCAUUAUCUCCAGGAAACGAAUAUGGUCGGUUUCAAAAACAAAAAAAAAGGAAAAUAUAGUCAAAGGGGGUGAUAAUAAAUAACAAAUAAAAAAAAGAAAAAAAGAUUGAGACUUAAAAAGUUGACUACUCCCAUUUCUCUAUUCAACCCAAGUAAACUUGGUUUUUAUGAGUUGUACACUUGUACAUCAACUUCUUUUGACCAAUUUCUCGCUUAAAUCUCCUACUCCUCCCCAUCAAACUUCAUAAAUUUGGAUUCAGAUUGUCCAAUGAUUCCAAUGAUUCACUUCACCUUUGUUUUCCUUGCAUUUAUUUGCAUUUUUUUUGUGCUUUUUUUGAUGGUAUUUUUAGUGCCGCUGUUGCUAGUUACAUCAAGGUUAUUCAGAAGGUACUGCUUUGAGUCGCCAAGUAUCACAGACGAGACAGAGUCUUUGAAAGAUGAAUUCGAGUUCCUAAUCAAUUUAAUGGGCUGCGGUUUUUUAGUGCCGCUGUUGCUAGCUACAUCAAGUUUAUUCAGAAGGUACUGCAUUGAGUUGCCAAGUAUCACAGACGAGACAGAGUCUUUGAAGGAUGUAUGGGAGUUCCUAAUCAAUUUAUCGCGGUGGUUUUACUUCUACAAAAACCACAAUGCCAACGUGCAAGAACUUAAAUACAAAAGGAAUAUGUUGUGGGGAAGACGGAAUGAUCUGAUAAAUCGAGUUGAACAUGAAGAGUCUAAGACUGGAAGGACUCGAAAGGAAGAAGUUGAUGCUUGGUUAAAUCAUGCUGACCUUAAAAUUACUGAUUUGGAUCAGUGGCUAGAACACAUAAAGAGAGAAACUACGCGUUAUAAGUACUGGAAGUUUCUGUAUCACGCGUGGUUAGGAAAUCUUCUUGAGCUAAAGAAUCAAGAGGUGGAAGAGCUUCACGAUAGAGGAGAUUUCAAAGAGGUGCUGGUUCGUGUUAGCAAAAAAGUGGAAUAUGCAACAACACCAUUGGUUGGUAUUGCAGUAAACUUACAUAUCAAUACAGUUUUGGAAUGGUUAGCAAGGGGAUCCUCUCAUAUCGGGUUGUAUGGUAUCAAAGGAAUAGGAAAAACUGCUGUUAUGAUGCAUAUAUAUAAUGAGCUUUUAAGAGGCGAAGCAAAUGUAUACAUGAUUCAAGUACAUGAGGAUGACACAGAAUUUGAUCUGCAGGGUGAAAUUGCGAAAGCUCUAGAUAUCAAUUUUCAGGAAGAAAACAAAUUGAAACGGACAGCUUUGUUGUAUGAUGCAUUAAUGAAACACAAAAGGAACAUUGUGCUGAUUUUAGAUGGUUUGAGUCAGCCUUUGUGGGAGGAGGAGGUAGGGAUACCACUUGAUUGGAUUAGAGGGCAGCUGAUUAUCACUUCGCGAUCUCUAAGUGUGUGUAGAAGAUCAGGUUGUCGAGCCAUUAUAGAAAUGGACCGACUUCAAGAAAAUGAAGCAUUAGAGUUGUUUAAGCAAAAACUUAAACUUGCAUCAGAGCUUGAGCCCCCAGUGCAAGAUGUAGCUGGGGAAAUUGUUCGUCGAUGUUGGGGCGUGCCUGGCAAAAUUGUUGAUAAGGCCAGAGAACUGAGAGGAGUAGAUGAUGACAUUAGGGUCUGGAAGGAAAAUCUCAAUGACAUGAUAGACGCUGUUCGUUGCAGGAUACCCAACUCAGACCUCACAGGAAUGACCAGGAACCAGCAAGUGAUUAGGAUGUCCCUUGACCGGACUCGUGUACGUAGUGCACCCUCUAUUUCCCUUUCACUACCUAGCCAUUCUUCAUCAGGUACUCGAGUAUUCGGGGUGGGUUCAGCUAGCCGGAUUUUUAUAAAAUAAUGUCUGAAAUUUUUGUGUUGUACCAACACUGAAGUGUAUUCUAUAGCAUCAAAGUUUCAUGCUUUAACAAACAAGUGUUGGCCUAGUAGUAAGGACAAACUAAGACUGUUUUGAUUUGAAAGAAUUGGUAAGAAAUCAUGAGAAAAAAGAAAACUACCAAUUCGUUCAAAUCUUGAUUGCAGUCUUCCAAAAACGAAAAAGGGAAUUUAAGAUGUCUUCCAAAGCUUAAUUAUGGUUACCAACACUAGAAUGAAAAAAUU